UCCCACACCAUUACCACCUCAAUUCGAGCCCUUUGGCUUAGAAAUUAGGACCAAUGGCUCAGGGAAGAGGCAGUGCAGUGAUGGGUGCAGUGAUGGUGUGCUUGUUGGUGCUCCAAUUCUCAGCGAUGGCUCGUGCAGCUGUUUACACUGUCGGCGGUGCUCAAGGCUGGACCUUUAAUGUCGCGUCCUGGCCCAAGGGGAAGCGCUUUCGUGCAGGGGAUACCCUUGUGUUCAAUUACAGCCCUGCUGCACACAAUGUGGUGGCUGUGAGCAGAGCUGGGUACAGUGGGUGCGUGGCUCCAAGGGGCUCCAAAGUUUUUGGAACAGGAAAGGACCAGAUCAAGCUGGUGAAGGGACAAAACUACUUCAUUUGCAGUCUCCCAGGCCACUGCCAAAGUGGAAUGAAGAUCGCCAUUAAUGCUGCUUGAAUAAUCGUUUAAACAAUACGAGUGCUUGUUUUCUACUUGAGUCGUGUCGAAUAAAUUUACUUAAUGGUUCGAUCUUUGAUCCCUCACCUUGUAACGGCUCAACUCCACCGUUAAUGAAAUUAAAUAUUACAUCUAA